AGAAAAGCAGCAUGUCCAGAGACACGGAUUCGGUGCAGAAAAAGGCGAAAAAGGCCAGGGAUGUCGUCGAGGAGACUGUAGAGACGGAGGUGGACGAGGAAGCGCUCAAGGCUAAACGCAAGGAAGAAAAGCGAAAGCGCAAGGAGGAAAAGAAAAAGCGCAAAGAGCAAGAGGCUCAGAACGAGACUGAAGACGCUGCCAUGACAGACGCCCGCGAGUCCAAUAAAAAGGACCGCAAGCGCAAGCGCGAUGCCGAUGCUAGCGCUGUAGAUGGCGAAACUGUUAACGGUGCUGUUCUUGAUAAACGCCCGCAGGAGGAAGGCGACAACACCUCGCCGCGCAAGAAGCACAAGAAGAAAAAAGACAAAUCCUCCGCGCCCUCCGAAUCCGCUACAGAACAGACGCCCAUAACCACCUCCUCCUCCCCCAACGACUUCGCACCCCAAGCACCCCCCAGCACCCCCGCCGCCUCCGCCGCCUUCCUCACAACCCACAACAUCACCAUCCACGUCCCCGACGGCACCCCGCCCGUACACCCCAUCACCGCCUUCGCACAACUCGCCAUCCCCGCCUCCCUCCGCCCCGCCUUUGCCAAAUUCACCGACCCAACACCCAUCCAGGCAUGCACAUGGCCCCCAGGCCUCCGCGGCUCCGACGUCGUUGGCAUCGCCGAAACCGGCUCCGGCAAAACCCUCGCAUUCGGCAUCCCCGCGCUCACACACCUCGCGCGCGGCUCUCUGGGCGGCGCACCCACCGAAAAAACCGCUUAUAAAAAAUCCAAAAAAUCGUCAGCGGCGGCGGCGGUCCUCGUCGUCGCGCCGACGCGCGAGCUCGCGCUGCAGACGCACGACGCGCUGGACGCGCUCGGUGCCUCGCUCGGUAUCGCGAGCAUCGCCGUGUACGGCGGUGUGUCCAAGGACGCGCAGGUCGCCGCGCUCUCGAGCGGCCGCUCCAAGGACGGGCGCGCGGCGCGCAUCGUGUGUGGCACGCCCGGGCGCAUUCUGGAUCUGGCGAACGACGGGGCGUGUGAUCUGAGCGGAGUAAGAUAUCUCGUUCUGGACGAAGCAGACCGCAUGCUCGACAAGGGGUUCGAGAACGACAUCCGCAACAUCAUCUCCAAGUGCGCGCCGGGCGCCGAGCGGCAGACCAUGAUGUUCAGCGCCACCUGGCCAGAAGCCGUGCGCCGCCUCGCAAGCACCUUCCAGCGCAACCCCGUGCGCGUGACCGUAGGCAGCGACGACCUCACCGCCAACAGCCGCGUCGAGCAGUCGCUCCAAGUAUUCGACAACGAGCGCGAAAAGGACGCCCGCCUCCUCACCACCCUCAAAUCCCUCUCGCACAAAAAAACGCUCACCAAAGACUCCUCCGACUCGCGCGUCCUCGUCUUCGCCCUGUACAAAAAGGAAGCCCCGCGCGUUGAAUCCUGUCUCCGCCGCGCGGGGUACACCGUCGGCGCCUUGCACGGCGACAUGUCGCAGUCCGCGCGGCAGGACGCGCUCGAUAAAUUCAAGACCGGCGAGACCGGGCUGCUCGUCGCGACCGACGUCGCUGCGCGGGGUCUGGAUAUUCCGAAUGUCGGCGCGGUGAUUAAUUAUACGUUUCCGUUGACGCUGGAGGAUUAUAUCCAUCGGAUCGGGAGGACGGGCCGCGGCGGCCGCACUGGCAAAUCGAUCACAUUCUUCACGGGGGCGUCGCACGAGCGGGCGCUGGCGGGGGAGCUCGCGCGCGUGCUGCGGGACGGCGGGUUCGACGACGCGGCGGACCUGCUCGCGGACAAGUUCCCGAUGACGAUCAAGAAGAAGACGCACGGGGCGUACGGGGCGUUCUUUAGGGACGAUGUGAAGGGGACGGCGACUAAGAUUGUGUUUGAUUAGAGGGUUAGUGCGGGAGUAGUGUAGCCACUACUGUCGGAGAUCAGUUCCGUAGUGUCAUAUACUGUGCUAGAGUAGCCUGAGGACAGCCUUGGAACACGACUACAGAUUAUUAAGGA